AUGGCGGUUAGUAAUGCAGGAGACUACAGCAAAAGAGUCUAUCAAGGUGUCAGAGUGAAGCACACAGUCAAGGAUCUGCUAGCAGAAAAACGAUCCAGGCAAACAAGUAAUCCAAGAUUUAAUAGCGGUACCAAUUCCUCUCAGUCUCCAUUUGUCCAGAUGCCAGGCUCACCUGCAACAUCAGGUUACUAUGGUGUUAGAAGAUCUUUUUUAUCUGACUCGGAUUUCCACAACACUAAACAAUUCUCAAAUGAUGGCUUUCCAUCAACCAUGGCUAAAUCUUUUUCCUGUGAGUCCUCUACAAUGCAAAAUUAUCCACCAAUCUUGGAUUCCUACUUUUCUGAGCCUUACGGAGACUACCGCCCAGCAGCUCUAACCCCCAACACGAGCUCUCUCUUUGGUGCUUCGUCCUUGCCCCCACCGCUUCUGCAACCACAUUUUCCUAGUGAUUCCACCCACUUCGUAUUUAAAGAUUCAUGGGAGCAGACGGUGCCGGAUAGCCUUAAUCAGCCAGAUGUGGUGUCUUCAGACCCACUGCAGACACUACCAACUAGUACUAAUUGCCUUUCAUCACAAGAAUCUGGAAGUCCCUCUCAACAUAGAAGCUCUAGUUGGGGGGCUGCUCUCCCUGGAGCUCAGCCUUACUCACUGCAUGCCCUAGAGGACCUGCAUUAUACACCAGGUUACCCUCCUCCUUCCUCCUACUCUUUCACACCUUUUAUGACAGUGACCAAUGACUUAACCCCCAAGGUGAUUCAGCUAUCUUCAGAUGAGACCCUGGAUACAACAUCUCUUCAUGAGAAUCCAUCCUGGACAAAAGACGAUGGGAAUGGGGUAUGGGGAUCCUAUGAAUGUCGAAGAGCUUACUGAAAAAAAAAUGACUUGUAAUAAUAUGUUUUCAAAUGCUGAUGUUUUCACUCAGUAAAUAGAUCUGGCAGUUCAUUCAAAGAAUAAUUUUCAAGGGAUAUAAUAAUUGUUUUAACUUUUUUAAGGGCAUCAAAAAGACAUCUAACAGAGGGAUGCUGAUAUAUUUACAAUGCAGUAAUACAUAUCUUUAAUGUCAUGCCCUGGAGCAUUGACAGGCCAUCCAUAGGACUGUAUCAUAGGACUACUGGAGCAGUCAACUAUCUCUUGGUAUUUCUAUAAUUCUAUUUUCCAAGAAAGACCAUUGAAUUCUGUUAUAGAAUUAGUAACUUCAUUGCAGUAAAAUUUUACUACAUAUUCUCAGAAACAUAAAACUAAAGUGCAGAACUAUUUCUUGACCCCAAUAUUUUCUUUAAUUAAUAUCAAAGCCAAAAUAGAUCAUACAACAUAAUUGAUUUUCAUGUAUAAUCUAUCAUAUUAUUUAGAAGAUCAGUGUCAUUUAAUAUAAAAUAGUUCUCUUUGAAGUUAACUUCAGGAAGAUGGAGGUUCAAAUCCUGCCUUUGACACUAAUUUGGCCUAAAAUUUACAUACUAAAUUAUAGACAAGUUGAUGUCCCAAGUGAAGGGAAAUCUCACAUCUAAGAUGUUUGUUAAAUUGAUGAAAAAGAAGAUGAUAAAGAAGAAGAUUAUGAAGAAGAGGAAGAAGAAGAAGAAGAAGAAGAUGAUGAUGAUGAUGAUAUAAGACCUAACAUAGGAUAACCCAUUUCAAGCAAACCUCCCUUCAUAUAAUAUUGCUUUAAAGGGGCAGUUUUAAAAGGAUUUUUUUUUAUUCUGGGUGAAUUUUUUUAAUUGUGGAAAUAAAGAAGACAUUAUUUACAAGUACAACCAGAUGGGGAGACUACAACUUGGCAACUAUAUUCAGUAUGUUCACAAAUAGGACUCAGCUCUGAAAUCUAUCCAGACUAGAAACUAGACCAGAAGGAGAGAAGAUAAAUGUCAAAAAUUAUUUUUCUAAUUAAUAUAAAUAUUAAUUAACCAGAGACAUUAGACCCCUGAUGGGGUAAAUAUAGAGACUAAAAGUAACAGUGAAAUCGUCCAACAGAAAUGUAAUCAAAAGAGAAUUUUGAUCAGUCACCUAAAAGCCAGAUAUCAGAUGAUAUCAACAAGCUAUAAGAGAAUGUUUAUAUAAGAAAACAAAUUAGGACAUAUCCUGGCCAAAAAUAAAUAAAUAAAUGCACUUGUAAUUAUUAGAAGGAAUACCUUGCCUGUGGGA